AACGACUUCUGUAUCAGAAAUUAUAUUUUGCAAUGGGGAAUGGAAGACACAAGGGCCUUGAGAUAUGAAGAAUGCUAUGUUGAAUUGAGAGAAUGGAUCUUGAAGUUGUUGGAAGACUUGAAAAAUGAACUGGCUGAGCUUCUUUAUCCCUUGUUUGUACAUUGCUACCUCGAUUUGAUGUCUAAGCAGUAUACGGCAGAAGCAAGAGAUUUGCUUGCGCAUUGCAGACAUGAGCAUGAACCAGAACAUGCCGAGGAAAUCACAUGUCUGGGUAACAUACUGGAUGGAUCAACCUUGGAUACCAAUCCAAUCGCAAUCAAGUAUAUGCAGACUGCAAAGGCCAAGGUCUAUCUGUGUCAUGAAUCAGAUAAGCUGCUUACAGAAUUUCUGCACAAUCGCAGAUUGAACAUUCUUGUUAGACUGAUUAAUCAGUACAUUGAUAUAAUCAUUUAUGGUUCUACAGUCCAUGAUAUCGCACCUCAAAUGAGGUUGAAGCAAUGCGAAGAGGCUGAUUCCGCCAUGAUCGGAGUGAAGAGGAAGCCGUUGAGGUGGGCUGAAGUGGCCGAGGAGAGCAUCGUUCGCAGAGAAUCAAGACGAGCUCGAGCCGCCAUGCAGGAAUCUAGAAGCAACACUGGGGACGCCAUGCAGGAAUCUAGAAGCAACACUGGGGACGCCAUGGAGCAAGAUGAACAAGAGGAUCCUUCAAAGAGUGAGGCCCAAGGUGUUGAAGAAUUACCUCAGUUGAGCGAUGAGAUGGAAGCUCGGAUUUUGUCGGACUUGAAGAAAAGGGUGAAUGUCUCCAAAGGCGCACUGCCUUCAAUCUGCUGCUACACACUAUUCAAUUGCCGUGACGCGCUCACUUGCAUGAAUAUUUCACAUGAUGCUUCAAUAGUCGCUGCUGGGAUGUCAGACUCGCGGAUCAAGGUAUGGAGAGCGGGCACCACGACUGAGAGAGACGUGCAAGACAAGAGUGCAGCAGAUGCGCUGCGCAAUGGUAGUCCCCUUAUGCAAGACUCCGUUCUUGUAGGACACUCGGGACCAAUCUACUCCACGUCGAUCAGUCCCGACAAUCGCUACAUCCUCUCGUGCUCGGAAGACAAAUCAGUCCGGCUCUGGCAAGCGUCUUCGGGUCAAAACCUCGUCACAUACAGGGGUCACAACUUUCCCGUUUGGGACGUCGCGUGGAGUCCUCUGGGACAUUACUUCGCGACAGCAUCACAUGACAGGACCGCGCGCAUUUGGAGCACUGACCACAUCUACCCGUUGAGAAUUCUUGCAGGUCACUUGUCGUCUGUCGAUCACGUUGUCUUCCAUCCCAACUGCAAUUAUGUAGCCACCGGCUCUGUCGACAAGACGUGCAGGCUAUGGGACAUCACGCAUGGCGAGUGCGUUCGGCUCUUCAAGGGUCAUCGAUCGCCUAUCUCCUGCUUGGCCAUCUCCCCGUGCGGGAAGUUGCUGGCCUCUGGCUCAGACAGCGGUGAGCUUCUGGUCUGGGACAUGGCGAGCAGCAAGUGCAUUUUCGAGUUGCCUGGUCACGAAGGAGGCGUCCUGUCGGCAGAGUUUAGCUGUGGGGAAGGGAGCCUCCUCGCUUCUGGAGGUCAGGAUUGUACAGUCCGCCUGUGGGACAUGACGCAGGCGAAUCAGUCCAAGGGUAAGGGUGCGAGUUUGAGAGCGACACUGACUUCCCUCCAAGGCAUGAAGGUGUUGCAUACGAGGUCGACGAGCAUGAUGACCGUCCGCUUCAGUCGGACGAACCUCCUGCUGGUCGGGGGUUCU